AUGUCUCGGCGGACGCGCGGUGAGGAGUUGGAUGAGCUACACUACCAGGACACGGAUUCUGAUGUGCCUGAGCAGAGGGACAGCAAGUGCAAGGUCAAAUGGACACAGGAGGAGGAUGAACAGCUGAGGACCCUGGUGAGGCAGUUUGGGCAGCAAGACUGGAAGUUUCUGGCCAGCCACUUCCCUAACCGCACUGACCAGCAGUGCCAGUAUCGGUGGCUGCGGGUCCUGAAUCCAGACCUGGUCAAGGGGCCAUGGACCAAAGAGGAAGACCAGAAGGUUAUUGAGCUGGUUAAGAAGUAUGGCACGAAGCAGUGGACGCUCAUCGCCAAGCACCUGAAGGGCCGGCUGGGGAAGCAGUGCCGGGAGCGCUGGCACAACCAUCUCAAUCCCGAGGUGAAGAAGUCCUGCUGGACGGAGGAGGAGGACCGCAUCAUCUGCCAGGCCCACAAAGUGCUGGGCAACCGCUGGGCUGAGAUUGCCAAGAUGCUGCCUGGCAGGACUGACAAUGCUGUGAAGAAUCACUGGAACUCCACCAUCAAGAGGAAGGUGGACACUGGGGGCUUCCUGAGCGAGUCCAAGGACCGCAGACACCCCGUGUACUUGCUGCUGGAGCUGGAGGACAAGGACGGCUGCCAGGGCCCCCGGCCCCCAGAAGGCCAGGGCAGUGCUGGGCCUUCCUGUCCCCCCACAUUCCCUGCCAUGAAAGAGGAGGAGAGUAGCGAGGAAGAGGCCACCACGGCUGCUGUGCUGUCUCAGGAGCUGGACACUGCCUCUGCAGAGCUAGAUGGAGCACAGACAUCCGAAACCUCGCAUACCUUCCCCAAGCAGGAGGAGGAAGAGGGCUCCUCGUCGGAAGGCAACCUACCCUACAAGUGGGUCGUGGAUGCGGCCAAUCUUCUUGUCCCUGCCAUGGGCUCCAGUAGUUUCACCGAAGCCCUGGACUUGAUUGAGUCGGACCCGGAUGCCUGGUGCGACCUGAGCAAAUUCGACCUCCCGGAGGAACCGUCGUUGGAGACCAGCCUCAGCGACAGCCCCUUAGAAUCUCAAGCUCCCCCAGGCUGCCCGCCCACCACCUCAGCACCCAACGUCACUGAGUACCGACUAGACGGACACACCAUCUCAGACCUGAGCCGAAGCAGCCGGGGAGAGCUGAUCCCCAUCUCCCCUAGCACUGAUGUGGGGGGCUUGGGCAUCGGGACGCCCCCCUCAGUACUCAAGCGGCAGAAGAAACGGCGCGUGGCCCUGUCCCCAGUGACCGAGAACAGUGGCCUGUCCUUCCUGGACUCAUGCAACAGCCUUACACCCAAGAGCACCCCCGUCAAGGCUCUGCCCUUCUCACCCUCCCAGUUUCUGAACUUCUGGAACAAGCAGGAUGCACUGGAGCUGGAGAGCCCCUCACUGACGUCUACCCCAAUGUGCAGCCAGAAGGUGGUGGUCACCACACCCCUACACCGAGAUAAGACACCCUUGCAUCAGAAACAUGCUGCGUUUGUGACCCCAGAUCAGAAGUACUCCAUGGAUAAUACUCCACACACUCCCACCCCCUUCAAGAACGCACUGGAGAAGUAUGGACCACUGAAGCCCUUGCCACAGACCCCGCACCUAGAGGAGGACUUGCGAGAGGUGCUACGCUCUGAGGCUGGCGUGGAACUGAUCAUCGAGGACGACCUGAGGCUGGAGAAGCAGAAGAGAAAGAUGGGGCUACGCCGGAGCCCCAUCAAGAAGGUGCGCAAGUCUCUGGCCCUGGACAUCGUGGACGAGGACAUGAAGCUCUUGGUGUCCCCGCUGCCCAAGGCGUACUCCCUGCCUUCAGGCGGCCCCUUUAGUUCUUCGGGCUUCAGCCUGUCCCUGCCAGGCGUUCAGGAGGACACCAGCCUACUUAACCAGGGCUUCCUGCAGGCCAAGUCCGAGAAGCCUGUGACUACCUUGAAGCCCCGAAGUUGCCUUUCCACCCCUGCGCCUAUGACCAGUGCCUGGAAGACGGUGGCCUGCGGUGGCACCAAGGACCAGCUCUUCAUGCAGGAGAAGGCACGGCAGCUACUGGGCCGCUUGAAGCCCAACCACACCUCCCGGACCCUCAUCUUAUCCUGAAGUUGCCAGUGUGUAACCCCCUCAACAGCCUGACUCAUGUUUACAGGGGGGCCCACACAUGGGUGGUGCCUGCCAGAAUGCUCAGAUGGGACUGAAUGGGAUCUGGCUCCUGUCCCCGUGACUCCCCCACCCCGGUUCCCUUGGUGUGGAACCUGGUGCUCCAGCAGGACUGUCCCAUCCAGGCUGUCCCCUUUUUUGAUGGCAUGUGGCCACACACCCACACCCCAUAUUUUCAGAG